AUGUCAACAACGAUCCCAACUCCGCUUUACUCGGGCAUCGAUGUCGAUGAGAAUUUAGGCUCUUGUAUCAACACCGUAUGCGGGGCCAUGAUAGGACUGUCCUUUGUUACACUGUGUCUUCGUUUCUUCUCCAGAUGGUGGACCAGAGUCGACUUUGGCAAAGAUGGUUGUUUCAUGGUUAUUAUUGCUGUGCGUAUUCUAUUGUUCUACAAUCGAUUUGACACUGACGGAACAAACAGGUGUUUGCGUGGGCCUUUUCAAUAUUUUGCAUCGUCCAGGUUCAACAGAACUUUUACGGUCAGCAUGUCGGGAAUCAGACAUUCGACACAUCAAGGAUUUCAUGAAAGUGCUUUACGUUUUAACAAUCCUGAACCUCCCAUCGAUGACUCUAAGCAGGCUCUCUCUGCUCACUUUGUACUGGAGACAAGCGGCCUGAAUUUUCUGUGGAUGAUAAUUGUGACAAGCAUCGCAAUAUUCAGUUGCAAUCCAAUUCAUGGAUUCUGGGACAUUGAUAUCAAAAGCAAAUGUAUUAGUCCUACCAAUAUACUCAUUUCUACCGAAGUGUUUACAAUUGGACUGGACCUCAUUGUUCUCGUAAUGCCAGUAUAUUUCGGACAAUCUAUCAAGCGAUUUUUGUCCCAAAGAAUCUCAACCAGUAGCACAUUUCUUAUCGGCAUAAUUGUGACCAUAGUGUCUUGUGUACGAUUGUGGAGGCUCAUUCGUGGUUUGGCCCUCCCUGGAUUUGAUCCCACUUAUAUGUUUCCUGUGGACUUUUCUGCAAUCGACCAAGUAGAUACUUGUGUUUGGGGGUCUGCGAAACUUAACGUCUGGGUUCUUGUCGCUUCAGUUUCAGCUUUGCGACCUCUGUUUACAAAGUUAUUCACAAAGAAGCAAACUAGUAUUUCUGGUGUCUCUCGAACUUAUGUGAACAGUACCUCACAUGGAAUGAAAGCAAGGUUUAGACUGCCUAAGAGUAGCACGCCAUUUUCUUUAAGUCAUGAAGACCCAACCGACGAUUUUGAUUAUCUUGUAAAUCCCCAAAAGGGUGGAAACGGUGCAGCCCCUGCUAUCAGUACAUAUGAGCUGAGUAACAUCAGAGAUACCAAGCAAGGUAUUAUUCUAGUUGAUCGGGAGGUAGAUAUCUCUGUACAGAAUUAA